AUGAAAGAUGGAAAAUGUUCUAAAUAUUUUCCAAAACAGUUUCAGCCCGAAACAAUUGUUGAUCAAGAUGGGUUUCCGGUAUAUAGAAGAAGGGACAAUGGACAUACAGUUCUUAAGAAUGGAAUUCAAGUCGAUAACCGGAAUGUUGUUCCAUACAAUGCAAAGUUGUUGACAAAGUACCAAGCUCACAUAAACAUGGAAUGGUGCAAUCAAAGUACAUCGAUUAAGUACUUAUUCAAGUACAUCAACAAAGGUUAUGACAGAAUCACCGCUGCCAUUGUACCGAAUGAUGAUGGAACUUCCAACCAGCCGCAGAAUAUUGAUGAGAUCAAACAGUAUAUUGAUUGUAGGUACGUUUCUCCGAGUGAAGCAUCUUGGAGGAUAUUCUCCUUUCCAAUCCAUGGUAGAAAACCAGCUGUUGAGAGACUGUACUUUCAUUGUGAAGGUCAAAAUUUGGUAUAUUACACUGAUUUUGAUCGUAUCAAUACAGUUCUGGAAAAACCAAGUGUAACUGAAUCGAUGUUUACAUCAUGGUUCGAAGCAAAUUGCAAGUAUCCUGAAGCACAAAAUUUAACUUACAGCAAAUUUGUUUCAAAAUUUGUUUAUGUUAAGAAAAAAAGAGAAUGGAAACCCCGUCAAAAAGGUUACACAAUUGGUAGGCUUAUAUGGGUUCCUCCAACAACUGGCGAAUUGUACUAUCUUAGAUUGAUGCUCACACAUGUCAAAGGCCCCCACAGUUAUAAUGAUAUAAAAACAGUGAAUAACGUAAAAUAUGAUACUUUCCGGGAUGCCUGUUUUGCUAUGGGUUUUAUCGGCGAUGAUAGAGAAUUCAUUGCAGCUAUUAAAGAGGCAAAUCAUUGGGGUUCAGGCAGCAUUAACAGGUCAAGACAUGUAUGGAGUAAAACAUGUCAUCUCUUAGUUGAUGGAAUACUAUAUGCUCAACAGCGAAUUGCAAACAAUAGAGGUUUGAGGUUGUCGGAUGAAGAGAUAAUGAAUUUAACAUUAAUUGAGAUUGAACGAAAUCUUCAAAGGAAGAGCCGAAGUCUAAAGGAAUUUGCUGGAAUGCCUUAUCCAAGUGGAUAUGUGGUUGAGCAGUUGGGAAAUAAGCUCAUAUACGAAGAGCGGAGUUACAAUCCAGCCGAACAAUUGCAAGAAUACAAUAAUUUGUUCUUAAAUCUUACAGAUGAGCUAAGAGGUGUAUUCAAGCGAAUAAUGGAAGCAGUAAACAAUCAACAAGGAGGCGUAUUUUUUUUGUAUGGAUACGAUGGCACAGGGAAAACCUACAUGUGGAGAACUCUUGCUUCCUACAUAAGAUCAAAGAAACAAAUUUGUUUAACUGUUGCUUCAUCGGGCAUAACUUCACUACUACUUCCAGGAGGUCGAGCGGCUCAUUCAAUGUUCAAGAUUCCAAUACCUACAAUGGAGUCUUCUACAUGUAAUAUCGACAAAGGUAGUGAUCGUGCAGAGCUACUAAAAAUGGCAAAGUUGAUAAUUUGGGAUGAAGCUCCAAUGGCACACAGAUUUUGUUUUGAAGCGUUUGAUAAAACCCUUAAAGACAUAAUGGGGCGUUCCAAUUGUUCUGACAAAUUAUUCGGAGGGAAAGUAAUUGUAUUUGGUGGAGAUUUUCGGCAAAUAUUAUCAGUUGUACCAAGGGGCAGCCGUUCAGAUAUAAUACAUUCUACAAUAAAUUCAUCAUACAUCUGA